CAAUUUUACAACUAUGAAUGAUUUUACCAUAUAAUCACGCCUGAGUGGUGGUAAUGCUUUUUGCAUUAAUGAUGAUGAUGUUUUUGUAGCGUGUUCACCAUCUUAGUCCAGCUAGUUAGCAUGCUAGCAUUUGCUAGUGACCACAAAACUUCAUUAGCACAGAUGACGAUGCUGAAAAUUUUAUUAGCAGUUAUUUAAAAAUGAUCCAAAGCAUUGUUCAAAUCCAAAUGUAAACAGAUGCUACUAAAUGAAAAGCUACAUGAUCAUCAAAUGAAUAUGGUGCAUCCACAAAUGUCUGUAGGCUAUGUGCGCCGCAGUCCAUCCUAUAGCAGCUUAGCAUAGCCACAAAGUCCUUGGCAAAGGACAUGUUCACAUGUAAGCUGCUCAGCCUAAACCAGAACUUGGGUUUCACUUUCUCAUGCAGGCGAACCCGAAAUGAAACAGCUCUUGGACCGCUGAAUAACCCACAACCCAUCCACCUCGCUGAACAAAGAGCGAGGGACUAUAAUCCCCUAUAAAGGGAAGCUCUUUAGAGGAACCUUUCCGUGAAGCUUGUUUACUCUAUUAUGUAAUCACACAAGAUCAGUCAACCGUUAUCAAACACACAUUAUAAAAGAUGGAACAUUCAGAUGCGUGUGAUUAGUUAAAAAAGAGGAAGUGAUGCUGCCUAACUAUACACACGUGGGCUUAACCGGCCACCUGUUACUUUCAUCCCAUCACCUUAGAGCUGAGCACCAACGUUGAGCUUCUUUUACUACGCCAUCAAACACUCGUAGGAGGACCUCGCUCGACACUCUCAGGGACGAUGUUCUUCCAACUGAUGUGUGUGGCACUGCUGGCAACGUGGUGUUGCCUCUCAAUAACAACGGCCAUUGUGUCUUACCCCAAAACUCUGCCAUGUGACGUUGUCGAGGGCCACAAUGGCAGCACGGUGACGGUCGACUGCACCGAGCGGAGCCUCAGAGGAAUCCCCCGAGGCAUCCCGAGAGACACGACCAAUCUGACGCUCACCAUCAAUCACAUUCCUAAGUUAAACUCCACCUCCUUUAGUGCUCUGGAGAACCUGAAAGAAAUCGACAUGAGGUGCAACUGUGUGCCCAUUAAAAUCGGGCCCAAGGAUCGCAUGUGCACUCAGAGUGUGAUUAUAGAGGAAAACACCUUUGCCAGUUUGAAGGAGCUGCGAGCGCUUUACCUAGAUGGCAAUCAGCUCUACACCAUACCUAAGGGCCUCCCCCAAAGCCUGAUCCUGCUCAGUUUGGAAGUGAAUCACAUUUAUAAUAUUUCUAAAGUCAACCUCUCCGAGAUUAGAAAUAUUCAGAUGCUGUACCUGAGUCAAAACUGUUAUUACCGUAACCCAUGCAAUGCCUCAUAUGCUAUAGAGGAUGGUGCAUUUUUACAGCUAAACAAUUUAACAUUGCUGUGUCUUAAGUCAAAUAACUUAUCCUUCAUUCCACAUCAACUACCACCAAGUCUGAAGGAGUUGUACCUCUACAACAACAACAUCCAAGUCGUCACGGGUGACGAUUUCAAAAACCUCACUGAGCUUCAGAUUCUGGACAUAAGCGGAAACUGUCCACGAUGUUACAACGCUCCUUUCCCAUGUAUCCCGUGCCCAAAUAAUUCCCCGCUAAAUAUCAGCAAGGCGGCUUUUAAAAUGUUGACGAAGCUAACGACGCUGCGCCUGCACAGCAACUCGCUGACAUGUGUGCAGUCCGAGUGGUUCGCCAGCACACCAGAGCUGCGAGAGCUGGAUCUCUCUUCGAAUUUUUUAGCGAGAGCGAUAGGAUUCACAGACUUCCCACGAUAUCUUGGGAAACUGGAGGAAUUGGACCUUUCGUUUAAUUACGAGCUUCAGAGGUACCCUGAAACACUGAGGCUGAGCUGCAGUUUCUCCUACCUGGAAUCCCUGCGGAUUCUCAGGCUGAAGGGCUUCGUGUUUCAGCAGCUGCAGUCGGAGAGCAUCGCCCCGUUGAAACAUCUCCCGAACUUAGAGGUCGUAGACCUUGGAACAAAUUUUAUUAAAAUGACAAAUUUAAGUAUUCUGAUGGAACUAAAAAGCUUUAAAAUAAUCAGUCUGUCCGACAACAAGAUUUCAUCCCCCUCCGACGGCCUGGAUGGUGUGGGUUUUUCGGGUGGAGAGCCCUUGUACUGGUCGCCCAUGUCGGCCUCAGCUCAGUACCAAAGUAAGGAAGUGAGAGAGAUGCACUACUUCAGAUACGAUGAAUACGCCCGCAGCUGCAAAUACAAAGAUAAAGAACUCGGAAAAAUCACAUUCUUUGUCAACAAGAAUUGCAGUCAGUUCGGCAAAACCCUGGAUGUGAGCAGAAACAACAUAUUCUUCUUGCAUUCCAGAUUUUUAAAUUUCGGAGAGCUGCGAUGCCUCAAUCUGUCUGGUAAUGCAAUGAGCCAAAGUCUGAACGGCUCUGAGUUUACAUAUCUGACUAAUUUACAAUACCUAGAUUUCUCCUACAAUCGCUUGGAUCUGCUGUACUCCACUGCCUUUCAAGAGCUGAAAAAUCUGGUCAUCUUGGAUAUAAGUUACAAUAACCAUUACUUUGAGUCAGAGGGCUUGACACAUAUGCUCAAUUUUACUAGGAAUUUGAAAAAACUCAAGGUAUUGCUAAUGAACAACAACAAGAUCUCCACUUCCACCAACACGGAGCUGGAAAGUCAAUCUCUGGAGAGGUUAGAGUUCAGAAAUAACCGGUUAGAUAUGUUGUGGAGGGACGGGGACACCAGAUAUGUCAAUUACUUCAAAAACUUACUCAAUCUUACUGUCCUCGACAUCUCUCAAAACAACCUCAAUUUCAUUCCACCCGAGGUGUUCAGCGGUUUGCCAGACAAGCUAUCUGAGCUCUACCUCAAAAACAACCAAUUAAAAGAUGAAUCCUUUAAUUGGGAGAAACUGCAGCUUCUGCAGUCUUUGCAAGUCUUAGAUCUCAGUGGAAACAGUUUGACUUCUGUCCCCCCCAUGCUGUCAAUCUGUUCCAAAUCCCUAAAGAAGCUCCUUUUACAUAAAAACCAAAUUCUAAAACUCACGCCAGAUUUCCUCAAGGAUGCCCACAAGUUAGAAUACCUGGAUCUUAGUUACAACCACAUCCAGCACAUUGAGAAAUCCAGCUUUCCAGAUGACGUCGUUGACAAGAUGCAAAAGCUGCUUCUGCACAACAACAGAUUCCUGUGCACUUGCAACGCCACUUGGUUCAUCACGUGGCUCAACAGGACCACAGUGACCAUCCCCAGACUGGCCACGGAUGUUACAUGCGCUAGCCCGGGGGCUCAGAGGGGUCAAUCUGUGAUCUCAGUUGACCUGCUGGCCUGCCAGCACAGCUACCUGUCAAUCACCCUCUACACCCUGAUGACUUCCCUGGUCCUCAGCUUCCUCACACUGUCAAUCUCCAGCCACCUCUUCCUGUGGGACGUCUGGUACAUCUACCACUUCUGCAGGGCAAAGUUCAAAGGUUACAGACGCCUGCGCUCCCAAAGCUCCGCUUAUGAUGCCUUUGUGAUGUACGACAAAGAGGACUCGGCGGUGACAGAGUGGGUGAUGAAGGAAAUGUGCGCUCAUCUGGAGGAGCGCGGGGACCGCCGCCUGACGCUGUGUCUGGAGGAACGGGACUGGAUCCCGGGCUGCCCCCUGAUCGACAACCUCUCCCAGAGCAUCCACAACAGCAAGAGGACCGUGUUCAUUCUCACCAGCAGCUACCUCAAAAGCGGCAACUUCAAGACAGCUUUUUACAUGGCCAACCAAAGGCUGAUGGACGAAAAAAAUGACGUUAUUGUGCUGAUCUUCUUGGAGAAAGUGGCCUGCAAUUCAAAGUACCUGAGAUUGAGGAAGAGACUGUUUAAGCGGUCGGUGCUGGAGUGGCCAACAAACCCUCAGGCCCAGCUGUACUUCUGGUUUAGCUUGAGAAGUGUUUUAGCAACUGAAAGUCACAAGCAGUACAACAAUCUAUUUAAAGAGACGCUGUGAAGGAAAAAAGCAAUACACUGAAAUACUUGGUUCCUCCUUUAAUUUAGGAUUGUUCUGAAUAUACUUCUGUAAAUGAACAACCUAAUCUUUGUCCCCCAUCCCACCAGGAGUCCCCUCUGAGUCAUAUCUCAAAAGUGCUUUUUUCUGAGUGCAAUUUUUUUAAUCGAUUUGUUUUCUAAUGACUUCACGUCAUUGCUUUUUAUUAUUAUGCGUGCUUUUGAAAUAAUAAUUCAAAAUACAAGUGUACUGCAAUGUAUGUCCCAUCAUAGAGACUCUAGGCCAUCUACACAGAAAACAAUAGCUUUCAAUUUGAGACGACAACAACAGCGCUAACACAUGAAAAGGGGAACUGGAGGAGAUUCACUUCUUCAAUUCACAUUUCAUCAUUUUGCAGAGAAGCACAUUGUGAGGGCCAGCCAGUUUGUUCCCCUUGACUUCAGCAACAAGGUUUACUUGUAUUUUAAAGGCUUUACAAUUCCUAGAACCUAGUCUGAGGAGGAUAUCUUUACCUGCGGUAACUUCACGACACACAAGACGGACAUUUUUUUACAGUUCAUUUGCAAUUUUACAAGAAAGAUUGCACAGUGCCACGUCGCUUUUUUUAAGGGUUUUUCAAGUUUUUCAUAAGAAAUCUGAACAGUACAGGCACAAUGGUGAGUUUUAUUUGUACGUUUCUCUGGACUUCAUUUGUAAUAUUGGCCCAUUUUAUAGCAUGUAUCUACUAAAAGUAUACCAAAUGUUCUGCUCAGACGUCAUCACGGUGCGUUAUAGAUUUUCUGGUUACCCUGAUGUGCGUUUUCAUUGAAUGUGUAAUGUAAUUCGUAGUGAUUUUGUGUUUUUGUCAUUACUUUAUGGCACUAGAUCAUACUUUAAGCAGCUGUGUAUGCUUUGACACAUUAAAAACUGUUCAAUGGCAUUUUUUCUACUGGUGUGUUACAUUAAAAUUUACUCACAACUUUGUGGAAAACAAACUA